UGCUCCGGUUCCUCGUUGGGACGACGGUUCUGCUACGGUUCUGCUCCGAUUCCUCGUUUGGAUGACGGUUCUGCUCCGGUUCCUCGUUUGGACGACGGUUCUGCUCCGGUUCCUCGUUGGGACGACGGUUCUGCUCCGGUUCCUCGUUGGGACGACGGUUCUGCUCCGGUUCCUCGUUGGGACGACGGUUCUGCUCCGGUUCCUCGUUUGGACGACGGUUCUGCUCCGGUUCCUCGUUUGGACGACGGUUCUGCUCCGGUUCCUCGUUGGGACGACGGUUCUGCUCCGGUUCCUCGUUGGGACGACGGUUCUGCUCCGGUUCCUCGUUUGGACGACGGUUCUGCUCCGGUUCCUCGUUUGGACGACGGUUCUGCUCCGGUUCCUCGUUGGGACGACGGUUCUGCUCCGGUUCCUUGUUUGGACGACGGUUCUGCUCCGGUUCCUUGUUUGGACGACGGUUCUGCUCGGGUUCCUCGUUUGAACGGCAGUUCUGCUCCGGUUCCUUGUUUGAAUGGCAGUUCUGCUCUGGGUUCUCGUUCUGCUCCGGUUCCUCUUUUAGAUGGCAGUUCUGCUCCGGUUCCUCUUUUAGAUGGCAGUUCUGCUCCGGUUCCUCUUUUAGAUGGCAGUUCUGCUCCGGUUCCUCUUUUAGAUGGCAGUUCUGCUCCGAUGGCAGUUCUGCUCCGGUUCCUCUUUUAG